CGCCGGCGCACUGCGUCGGUCACAGGCUGGCUACGGUGGUGUGGUCCUCGUUUCCCUGAGUGUUGAACCGGGAGACAGGAAAAUGGUGCUGGAUCUGGAUUUGUUUCGGGUGGAUAAAGGAGGCGACCCAGCCCUCAUCCGAGAGACCCAGGAGAAGCGCUUCAAGGACCCGGGUCUAGUAGACCAGCUGGUGAAGGCAGACAGCGAGUGGCGACGAUGCAGAUUUCGGGCAGACAACUUGAAUAAACUGAAGAACUUAUGUAGCAAGACAAUCGGAGAGAAAAUGAAGAAAAAAGAACCAGUGGGAGAUGAUGAGUCUAUUCCAGAGAAUGUGUUAAAUUUUGAUGACCUCACUGCAGAUACUUUAGCUAACCUGAAAGUCUCACAAAUCAAAAAAGUCCGACUCCUCAUUGAUGAAGCCAUCCUGAAGUGUGAUGCAGAGAGGAUAAAGCUGGAAGCAGAGAGGUUUGAGAACCUCAGAGAAAUUGGGAACCUUCUGCACCCUUCUGUGCCCAUCAGUAAUGAUGAGGAUGCAGACAACAAAGUAGAGAGAAUUUGGGGUGAUUGUACCGUCAGAAAGAAAUACUCUCAUGUGGACCUGGUGGUGAUGGUAGAUGGCUUUGAAGGCGAAAAAGGAGCCAUAGUGGCUGGGAGUCGAGGGUACUUCCUGAAGGGGGUCCUGGUGUUCCUGGAACAGGCACUUAUCCAGUACGCCCUCCGUACCUUGGGAAAUCGGGGAUACACUCCCAUUUACACCCCGUUUUUCAUGAGGAAGGAGGUCAUGCAGGAGGUGGCACAGCUCAGCCAGUUUGACGAAGAACUUUAUAAGGUGAUUGGCAAAGGCAGUGAGAAGUCUGAUGACAACUCCUAUGAUGAGAAAUACCUGAUUGCCACCUCAGAGCAGCCCAUCGCUGCUCUCCACCGGGAUGAGUGGCUGCGACCUGAGGAUCUGCCCAUCAAGUAUGCUGGCCUGUCCACCUGCUUUCGUCAGGAAGUUGGCUCCCAUGGCCGUGACACCCGUGGCAUCUUUAGAGUCCAUCAGUUUGAGAAGAUUGAACAGUUUGUAUACUCGUCACCCCAUGACAACAAGUCAUGGGAGAUGUUUGAAGAGAUGAUUGCCACUGCCGAAGAGUUCUACCAGUCUCUGGGGAUCCCUUACCACAUAGUGAACAUUGUCUCAGGUUCUUUGAAUCAUGCUGCCAGUAAGAAGCUCGACUUGGAGGCCUGGUUUCCAGGUUCAGGAGCCUUCCGAGAGUUAGUCUCCUGUUCUAAUUGCACAGAUUAUCAGGCUCGCCGGCUCCGAAUCAGAUAUGGGCAGACCAAGAAGAUGAUGGACAAGAGAAAGAAUCAUCCCUGUUUAUCUAUACAGAACAAGUUGGAGGCACCGUCUUCCCUCUUUUCACCUAAGAAGGUGGAGUUUGUCCACAUGCUCAAUGCUACGAUGUGUGCCACCACCCGUACCAUCUGCGCCAUCCUGGAGAACUACCAGACGGAAAAGGGCAUCGUUGUGCCUGAAAAACUGAAGGAGUUCAUGCCACCAGGACUCCAAGAACUGAUCCCCUUUGUGAAGCCUGCACCCAUUGACCAGGAGCCUUCAAAGAAGCAGAAGAAGCAACAUGAGGGCAGCAAAAAGAAAGCAGCAGCCAGAGAUGUUCCCCUGGAAAGCCGGCUGCAGAACAUGGAGGUCACUGAUGCUUGAACAUUCCUUCCUCCCGGCUUGCUGGGCUUCAUUUCUGUCAGUUGGGAUCUCAGAGCCUGCCGGAGCAGGGAGGCCAAGCACCCUCUCUUCAUCCUGUCCCACCUGACUGCACAGCUGCAAGGGGAACCGUCUGCCAUGUACAGUGCAGGCACCCUGUCUCCUUACGUGGGCACAAGGUCUACCACUGACUGGUAAAACCAUGUAAUAAAGCAUCACUGGGGAGG